GGAAGAUAUUAAAGUUUGGCGAUUUUUAGUAUAAAUAGAAGCCAAAUGGCUUUAUACCCAUUAAUUGUGUCUUUUUGGUUAGCACAAUUAGAACAAAAUUAUAACUGCCAAAAUGUACAAAUUUGUGGUAUUGCUUGCGGUGAUCGCUGCAGUCAGCGCUGAUCUUCACAGAGUUCCCAUCUACAAACACGAAAACUUUGUCAAAACACACGAAAAUGUGUUGGCUGAACUCUCCAUGUUGAGUUCCAGAUACAAUGCUUUUCUUGGUACAUCCCGCAGUGUUGAAGAACAACUCUCCAACAAUAUGAAUAUGCAAUACUAUGGUAAAAUCACAAUUGGAACGCCAGCCCAAGAUUUUGUUGUGCUUUUUGAUUCCGGUUCAUCCAAUUUAUGGGUGCCAUCUAACACCUGCUCAACCACAAACACUGCUUGCCAGGAUCAUAACCAAUACGAUUCUUCCGCUUCCACAACAUAUGUUUCUAAUGGUGAAAGUUUCUCUAUUGCCUACGGUACUGGCAGUUUGACUGGUUUCUUAUCCACCGAUACCGUGACUGUUGAGGGACUCUCAAUUGUUGGUCAAACUUUUGGAGAAGCUGUUAACGAGCCCGGUACCACAUUUGUCAAUUCCAAUUUUGAUGGUAUUUUCGGCAUGGCUUAUGAAUCAAUUGCCGUCGAUAGCGUUGUACCACCUUUCUACAAUAUGUAUUCACAAGGUUUAGUUGAUGCUGAUGUCUUCUCAUUUUACUUGGCACGUGAUGGAUCUGCUACCGACGGUGGUGAAUUGAUUUUCGGUGGUUCUGACUCAACAUACUAUACUGGUGAUUUAACUUAUGUACCUGUCUCUGAACAAGGUUACUGGCAAUUUACCAUGGAUUCAGCUUCCAUUGAUGGUAACUCAAUGUGCGAUAGCUGCCAAGCUAUUGCCGACACUGGCACCAGUUUGAUUGUAGCUCCAUCCAGUGCUUAUACUUACUUCAACGAAUACAUUGGUGGCUCCGCUAAUUCAGAUGGUCAAUAUUUUGUUGACUGUUCGACAGUCAGUGAAUUGCCCGAUCUUAGCUUUGUUAUUGGUGGCACCACUUUCAAUCUAUCACCCAGCGAUUAUAUUGUGGGUGUCCAAAAUGAUGGUGAAACUUAUUGUAUGUCCAGUAUCACCUAUUUGGGUACAGACUUUUGGAUCUUGGGUGAUGUUUUCAUUGGUAGAUACUAUACCGAAUUCGAUUUGGGUAAUAACCGCGUUGGUUUCGCCCCAGUUGCCUAAUCUAUUUAAACAAUUUGCCUACGAAUUUGUUUGAUUUUUUAUAUGAAUAAAUUUAAUUCAAAAACUUUUUAA